AUGAUUCAAUGGCAGAGCAAGGACGGAGAACCAGCACGAAUAUUUCUUAACAGGGUCAUGUUGGCAGCUAAUUCCCUAGCUAUGUUGCCACUUGCGGCUCGUACCGGUUCUCGUAUCGUUCCUGUGCGGGAGCCGGGUCUUGUCAAAUUCAAUGGCAUGAGCAGUGACAUCGGAAUGGAGUUCUAUAGCCGAACAGUUGGGUUGGUUCUUGUUGGAAUGGAUGAUAUAUUCGCUGAGUCGUUCAGACACUGUGCACCCAGUCUCACGGACCUACAUUCCGCCACAGCUGUAGGGAACUUCGUCUACGCCUGCCGCCGACUGGAGAGUUCCGCACCCUUGCCCAGCGCGGAGGGUGGAUCGAGUCCCCCUCUCAGUGGGCGCCGCGCCGCUGUCCGCUCGCGCACACAAAGUCCGCCGCCCUUUGGUUCGGGAAGUCGCCAACUCCGACUCGCAGUUGUUCUCCCCCGCCCCUGGUCCGCCGUUUCACGUAAUUGUGACUACGUCGUCGACGCUAAUCUCGACGUCUCAGUUACCGACGUAGUCAGUUCUGCCGCGCCUCUUUGGUUACCGAGCUCAUGUCGCUUCUCGCAAAUAAACACCGAAACUACCAGCAAGCAGCGCAGAGUCGACGCGCCGAGACUGCCGACGCUGGCGAGAACAGGCGAGAGUAGGGCGGUUCCGGCAGCUGCUAUCCUCGAGGGGCAGCGCAUCGAUUUCAACGGCAGAUAG